GCUGACCGGGCCCGACUGCGCCGUCAUCCCGGCUAUAAGCGCGCGACCUCCCGGACCCUCCGCUCCGACCGGGCCACCGCCGCCGCCGCCGCCAUGCAGCCCCCCAGCCUGCUGCUGCUCGCCCUCGGCCUCCUGGCCGCGCCCGCCGCCGCGCUCAUCAGAAUCCCACUGCACAAGUUCACGUCCAUCCGCCGGACCAUGUCGGAAGUGGGCGGCCCCGUGGAGAACCUGAUCGCCAAGGGCCCCAUUUCAAAAUACUCCCAGGGGGUGCCUGCUGUGACCCAAGGGCCCAUCCCCGAGGUGCUCAAGAACUACAUGGACGCGCAGUACUACGGGGAGAUCGGCAUCGGGACCCCCCCGCAGUGCUUCACCGUCGUCUUCGACACCGGCUCCUCCAACCUGUGGGUGCCCUCCAUCCACUGCAAGCUGCUGGACAUCGCCUGCUGGAUCCACCACAAGUACAACAGCGGCAAGUCCAGCACGUACGUGAAGAACGGCACCACCUUCGCCAUCCACUACGGCUCCGGCAGCCUGUCCGGGUACCUGAGCCAGGACACCGUGUCGGUGCCCUGUAAUUCUGCGUCGUCGGGCGUGGGCGGCAUCAAGGUCGAGAGGCAGACCUUCGGGGAGGCCACCAAGCAGCCGGGCCUCACCUUCAUCGCGGCCAAGUUCGAUGGCAUCCUGGGCAUGGCCUACCCCCGCAUCUCCGUGAACAACGUGGUACCCGUCUUCGAUAACCUGAUGCAGCAGAAGCUGGUGGACAAGAAUAUCUUCUCCUUCUACCUGAACAGGGACCCAGGUGCGCAGCCGGGGGGCGAGCUGAUGCUGGGCGGCAUUGACUCCAAGUACUACAAAGGCUCCCUGGACUAUCACAACGUCACGCGCAAGGCCUACUGGCAGAUCCACAUGGACCAGGUGGCUGUGGGCAGCAGCCUGACCCUGUGCAAGGGGGGCUGUGAGGCCAUCGUGGACACGGGCACGUCCCUCAUCGUGGGCCCCGUGGAAGAGGUGCGUGAGCUGCAGAAGGCCAUCGGGGCCGUGCCGCUGAUCCAGGGCGAGUACAUGAUCCCCUGUGAGAAGGUGCCCAGCCUGCCCGACGUCACCGUGACGCUGGGGGGGAAGAAGUACAAACUGUCCUCGGAGAACUACACGCUCAAGGUGUCGCAGGCCGGGCAGACCAUCUGCCUGAGCGGCUUCAUGGGCAUGGACAUCCCGCCGCCCGGCGGGCCGCUCUGGAUCCUGGGAGACGUUUUCAUCGGCCGCUACUACACCGUGUUCGACCGGGACCUGAACCGGGUGGGCUUGGCCGAGGCGGCCACACUCUAGCUGGCCCCCUGCCGGCUGGCAGAGCCUGCGGGAGAGUCCAGGCGGCCACACCCCCGCCCUCCAGCCACCACGCCACACACACUCACACACUCACACUCGCAGCCCCGCUCGCUGGAGGCCGCCGGCCUGAUGAGCCUGCUGUUCUGUUCCGUGGUGUCCCUCCCUGGUUCCAGAAAUGCUGCCUGCUUGUCUGUCUGAUGGGAGGACGGGCCCGGAGCAGAGCCAGUGGGCAGCUCUGACGCGCAGAGUCCUUGCUGGGCGGCUGGCCGGCUGUGCACCCUAGGAACCCCCGCCCCAGGGCAGGUCCCUCCCCGGCCAGCACCUUGGGGGCCUGGCCACCUGGCAUGGCCUCUGGGCUGAGCCCUCGCCCAGCGCCAGGCUACCCUCUUGGUCCGUCCAUCCAGCUCUCAGCCCUGCUGCCCCCACCCGUCGGUUUGUCCUGGACCUGACGAGGAAGGGGCCAGCUGAGGCCUGGGGACGAGCUGGCAGGGGUGGCAGGGGACAGAAGCCAGUCUUGUGAGGCCUGUGGGUCACCCUGGGGCUUGACUCCAUUCGGGAGGACAUGCCAGGCGUCCACGGGCCUAGGGGUAGGGCAGGAGGGGGCCUGGUACCAGCCUUCUCUGCGGCUGCCCCCUUCUUGAGUUGCCGGGAGCCAAAGUAGGUGUGAAAAUACAGUUGUUUGGCCUCUU